AUGGCAGAUGGGACCGAUGAGUCCCUGCAGCCCUCCACGCUUACAGCUUGUCGUCGUCCAUCAUUGCCAGUCGCACCAUCUCGUUUCGACAAGUCUGGACAACACUGCUCUGCGGGUCCUGUCAUUACCACUGCGUCACUGGCGUCAGGCCUAGAGGCACGCCUCGUACCACUGUGGCAGGCAGCCUUGCCGGUAGAAAGAGUAAGCAGCAGUGUCGGACGAAAUUGGAAUUGUCUGGCCGAGAAUGACGCUAUCACAUUGGUCCAGCCAAGCACACGAUUGCGUGAGCUGGCGGGAGUCUCCGCUUUCACCGGACUGUUUGCUUGUUUACCUGUCACGAAAACAGAAGAGGAUAUGGUUGGGCGCCAAAGAAACAACGCACACGAUGCCGUGCUGGGAGCAGGGAGCUUGCCUGCGAUGCCAUUGACAACAGCAACACUGCCCACGGCCCGCCAAUUCGUGACACAAUUGUUGAACUCGCUGUCAGCACUAUCCUUGACCGAAGAUGCUGCCGCUGCUUCCGUUGCUGUCGGGAAUCCACUACAGAACGCGUCGGAUCAGGUGAAGAAGCAAUUCCUCGCCCUCCAGGUCCUAUUCCCAAAUGAAUUCAUACCCGCCUUGGAUCUCCUCGACCGCCGUCUCGUAACGCGAUUUCACAUCUGCAAUGCCGAUGACAACAACGAGGAAACCAACAAUGAUCGGACAAGCGACACCAGCGCGCAGCAAAAUCACCCUCGACAGCAACAUCCUCGAUCCCCGACUACAAUCCAGCAAGACCACACCAUGACUGAUUUCAAUCCCGACCAGCUCCCGAGCCCCGACACCGAGAUCCCACUACCCAACCCUAAUAUCCAUAAUCCCACCACAAACACGAUAUACUACGUCCAAUCCGCCGCCCCUCCCCGCCCCACCCGCUUCUCCACCUCCAUCGACACGACCAUCUUUUACCAAGUCCGUCUCACGGCUUGGAAUUGCUCAUGUCCGGCUUUUGCAUUCAAUGCUUUUCCCGCCGACAUCAGUAGUAUUCCCAACUCCAACACCACACCCAACCUUUCUCACCCCGCCUUCAUACCCACGCCCACAACACAAUCCCCAACCCUCUUUGGCGGCGUCAGUCUUGAUAUGGGUAUGCCACCCGUGUGCAAGCAUUUGCUGGCUUGUGUGUUGGCGGAGAAGUGCGAUGGCUUGUUUGGUCGCUUUGUGUGUGAGAAGAAGGGGGGUGUGGGGGAGGCGGCGGGGUGGGCGGCGGGGUGGGGGGAGUGA